CAGGAGGCAGUUUGCACAGGAGGCAUAAACACUCCCAAAGAACAAAGUAACGGCAAAUAAGCAUUGGGCUAAAUAUAUGAUUUGAGCCCUCACAUCAGGAGAGGUAGGUCUGAGAGGCAACAGCCAGGCUUGCACUGAAUUAGGCCCCUGCUGCACCAGAGGAGAAGACAAUCACACCCAGAGUGCCAGGGAGGGAAAUGCCGUAGCCACAGCUGGAAAACGGGGCCUGCCAUGGUCAGCCAGUGGGACAGCUGAGGAUUAGCAAUACGGCAGCUGCAAGGUAGAGAGAAGCACAUUGGUGUGUAGAAGUGAUGAACACAUCAAGUUCUAAUGGGAAGGAGCUUCUGACUGCCUGACUGGUGCGGUGAGCUGGUUGUGAGGCAUCCUGGGCUGUGGGGGGCAAGUACUUGAGGUGGGAUGGGCAUACGGCGGGAUUCCUUGGGGAGGACAAGGUGCUUUUUCUCAGGGAUUUUCCAGGUGCUUUUCCUAACAUGUUGCACAAACCAUCUGCUUGUUCUCCAGACAGUGCUUGGGGCAAUGUGCUAGUUGGGUUAUUGCUAAUGAGUCAGAAUUUAAGCAUUAGACUCAUUUUGGUUACCCUGCAAAAUACUCAGUGGCAGAUCUGAAUGGUGCCAAAGUGCUCCAUUGAAAGAGCAGAGACCUGGAGUUCAAGUACCUUUAUUCUUGCUGCCUGCUUUUGUCUAAAAGAUCCACAAAGCUGAAGAGAAUCCUGCCGACAGCAGAGAUAGCAAACUUCUUAAGAAAUAAAUAAACCCUGAAGUUCAGAUUUGUCUGCCCAUCUUGGCAAUACCCUACAGCCUGUGGGGAUGUACAGGAAAAUGUAAUAUUUCACAAGGUGGCAGCACCUUCUGUCACCUUAAACAGAAUCAAGUGAUUGAAAGCCUGUAGCCAAGACUAAUGAUCUAUCUUCAGCUCAAAGGGUACAUCCACCUUUUCACAUGGAACCAUCAGAGGUAUCAGUGUCUCCCAAAACACACCUCAGGAAUUUAUGUGAUAGCUCUCAUCAUAGGUGGUGGGAAGGAAACAGCUGCUCAGUGCUGCUGUCAGAACCUGCUUCAGCACUGACCGAUGUGCAGGCUGUAGGAAGGACCCAAACUCAGAAGAAGAAAUUCUUUAAUUUGUGAUUAUGGUCAGUAUAGUUUACAAUACUUGAUUUAAGAGUUCAUGACUUCUAUUGUGAUAUUGCAUGAGUCAUGAUGAUUAAGGUAACAGUAACUCAUUUAACAUUAAUAUUCUGCUGACACAGCCCCCACAGCAUCAUAAACACAGAGUUUGGUUCUUUCAUUGUGAGAGGUUUUUUUUUUUAAAAAAAAAGAGGGAAGGAAAAAAAUACUUGAACUCACGUGGGAUUACAGCAUGACGAGACAAAGAAACCAACCCUUCAGAAACAGAGAUGAACAGCGAGCGCUGGGCUAAUUUGUAGGUCGCUUUGCAGAAGCCUCUGUUCUGGACCAGACCCCCUGUGAGAUAAGCAUGAAGCAAAGCCUAAUUUUGAAAACUGAAGCUAUGAGACAGUGGACAACAGAUGGGUGAAGGCAGGGGAGCCACAGGGAAAUGGUGUGGUACUGUUGGCCAAAGAGUUCUUACCCUUUCAAUUAGCUUUGGUCCCAGUGAACGUUUUCUGGACACAGUAAUGAAGGAAGCUUUAUGGAAGGAGCUGAAGGAUGGUGAGGUGGCUUUGUGGGUUUUUAGGAGGAGUAUGCCCCAGGUAUGAGGAUGACAAAAGUGGAGGUGUGCUUGUUUUGAACAUUAAAGAGGGCUGGCAUCCUGUGCUGCACAAAGCACUUCAGCUCUGAAUGAGAGACCAAAGAUGAGCUGUCACAUGGACUGAAAACCAAGACAAGCGAUGGGGCAGAGCAUUAAAUAGGAAGAUGUCACAAGCAAGAGCUCCCCUUGGCAGCAGCGCUGCAGGUGAGUACAGGCAAGGCCAGCGGACGCCCGUGCCAGCGAGCAGAAGAAGAAUUACAUCAAGGCUGUGGAUGGAGGAGGGCUGAGGGAGGGACUGCUCACUUGCUUAUUUCUUAUCCGUUGUAUGAGAUUGCAGCUCUAAUUAGUGCAUUGAUUCCAGCCUGGAGGAUGUAGCACUAGGGGUAGCUUCAUUUACAAAAACAAGUGGAUUUAAUCACACAAGCUCGUAAUAAUUAACCAAUGAACUGGACAUUGAACCUUCCUCUGCUAUUGAUGGUAAGGGGGUUGUUCCUGAGCUGUUACUCAUUGUAUCACCCUUGACUUCUGAGCCACCUACUGUCUCAUAACCAUGAGACAGCAGAAUCCUCGCAGUUGCCCAACCUUCCCCUUUUACCUGCUGCUCCACAAGAGCAUGCAUGAUCAAACAAAUUCAGUUCUGGCCUUAAAGUAGCAUCAUCCCUACCUGCCCCCGUACCUCCACCUUUCAGAGCAGCAGGGUGAUGUGAGAGUCAUCCUUCUUGAGAACGGUUCUCUGGCUGUCUCAGUUGCCUUAGCAUGAAGAUUCAAAGUCUCUUUUGGGUUUUGUGGUCAGCCAGCUUCCCUAACAUGCAGACAACCCAGAGAUGUGGGAAAGGGAGAAGCAAAAGGAAGAGCAGGGCAAGUCUACAGGCUCUGCAGGCCAGAAGAAGUUGGUAAAAGGAACCUCGAUCCUGGGGACUCGGAAGGAUCACUGCAGCAUGUGGUCAGGUCAGCUGCCAGGUGCUGCGAGUCCCCAAGCCUGGAGCACUGCUGGUGUCCUGGGCCUCAUGGCUGGGUGGUACAUGAGAAAAAGGUUGCUGUCUUCUUUGUCUCCUGAGGGACCAGUCUUUGCUGGACUUUUUUGCAGCGUUCAGCAGGCUUGUUCUGGCAGGAAAGAUCUGUUGCACCAAAGUUGUCUUUGGUGAGUCCAUAUGAACUUGUCUUGGUCGGUGUGCACCGGUGAAGGCUGUGGUUUCUGAGCGAUGGCUGUGGUGUCCUGCAGUGACACUGAGAGUGCCUUCCCUGCAUCUCCCCUUUCAUCUCUUUGUUGGGCCUUCCUCUCCUCCUUUUCCCAGAGCCCACGCUUUUUCCAAAGCCCUUUUGGUCACUGCUUUGGUCUGUGGUGUUGUGCAAGAGUACCAAGUUAACAAUUAACUGUGUGUCAUCAGGGAUUUUGUCCCAGCACCAUUUGAGGGUGUGUGGGGACUUUUAUCCCAAGCAUCCACCCAGCACUCGCACAGCCAGGCAGAGCAAGGGGAAGGAGCCGCUGCCUCUUCUCACCUGAGCCAUGUCGGCAGCCCUGGAGGAGUUCUGCGGCUCCGUCUUUUGGAAUGACUCCUUCCUCGCUCGUCCAGAUGCCGACCUGCCUGUGUGCUUCCAGCAAACUGUGCUGGUCUGGAUCCCCCUUGGCUUCAUCUGGAUUUUGGCACCAUGGCAGCUUCUGCCCAUGUGCAAAUCCAGAGUCAAGAAAUACUCUGUGACCAAACUGUACAUCAUCAAACAGGUGCUGUCUACCUUGCUGUUGCUGACGGCAGUGGCAGAGUUGGCCCUGGCGUUUGUGGAGGACACAGAACAGGAGCUACUGCCAGCUGUCAAGUACACAAACCCCAGCCUGUACAUCAUCACCUGGCUCCUGCUCCUGCUGAUCCAUGAAGCACGACGCUUCUGCUUGCGCAGAGACUCAGGGAUACUUUUCUGCUUCUGGAUACUGUCCCUGCUCUGUGGGGUAUUGCCGUUCCAGUCGCUCAUCCGGAGAGCCCUGCAGGCACCAAUCUCUGACAUGCCACGGUUUGUCCUUUUCUUCAUCUCCUAUGGGCUCCAGUUGCUGCUCUUCCUUGUCUCGGGCUUCUCCGACGUUGCCCCAGAAACAAAGGAAAUCACAAAGCAGAACCCAGAGCUGACAGCCUCCUUCCUGAGCUCCAUCACCUUCGCAUGGUACACCAGCGUGGUUUUCAAGGGCUACCGCAAGCCUUUGGAGAUAGAGGAUAUCUGGGAAUUGAAAAGUGAACAAAAGACACAAGCUAUGUACGCCGCUUUGGAGAAGAACAUGAAGACUGCAGUGAGGAAGGCCCAAGCAGAAAUGGAAAAACGGAAACGCAAAAAAAGACACCGGGAACGUGACCCAGACCAUGAGAACAACCUGAGCAAGGCCCAGAGCCAAGACAUUCUCAUGCUGGAGGAGAAGCAGCCAAAGAAGAAGAAGAAGAAGAAUGACAAAGGGGACUCCAGCCCUCACAAGGAUUACCCCAGGGGCUGGUUAAUAAAAACCCUGUGCAAGACUUUUUGGAAGAAUCUCCUGGUAUCUGUGGCUAUCAAGCUGGUGCAUGAUGCACUUGUGUUUGUCAGCCCCCAGCUGCUGAAGCUGCUGAUCGCCUUUGUGUCAGACGAGGAGUCCUUUGCCUGGCAGGGCUAUGUGUACGCCAUCCUGCUCUUCCUGACGGCAGUGAUCCAGUCCCUCUGCCUGCAGCAGUACUUCAGCUUGUGCUUCGUCCUUGGCAUAAAUGUGCGUGCCAGUCUCAUCGCUGCCAUCUACAAGAAGGCUCUGACCAUGUCCAGUGCCACUCGCAAGGAGUCCACAGUGGGAGAGACUGUGAAUCUGAUGUCAGCUGAUGCCCAGAGGUUCAUGGACAUGGCCAACUUUGUUCACCAGCUGUGGUCAUCCCCCUUGCAAAUUAUCCUGUCCAUUUUCUUCCUCUGGGGAGAGCUGGGCCCCUCUGUCCUGGCUGGCAUUGCCGUCAUGGUGCUGCUCAUCCCCAUAAAUGCGUUACUGGUUGCCAAGUCCAAAAACGUCCAGGUGAGGAACAUGAAGAACAAGGAUGAACGUAUGAAAAUAAUGAGUGAAAUCCUCAGUGGAAUAAAGAUCCUGAAACUUUUUGCCUGGGAGCCUUCAUUUGAGAAGCGGGUCAAUGAUAUCCGGGCACGCGAGCUCAAGGACUUGGCAAACUUCAGCUACCUGCAGGCAGUCUCUGUCUUUGUGUUCACGUGUGCCCCGUUCCUGGUCUCCUUGGCCAGCUUUGCUGUCUACGUGCUGGUGGAUGAGAACAACGUUCUGGAUGCACAGAAGGCCUUUACUGCCAUCUCCCUUUUCAAUGUGCUGCGCUUCCCCAUGGCCAUGCUUCCCAUGGUCCUCUCUUCCGCGGUGCAGACCAAAGUGUCGACGGUGAGGCUGGAGCGCUAUCUGGGUGGAGAAGACCUGGACACCUCAGCUAUCCACCACAACCCCAUUGCAGGCAGCGCUGUGCGUUUCUCAGAGGCCACCUUUGCCUGGGAGCGGGACGGCAAUGCUGCGAUAAGAAACAUCACCCUGGACAUUGCGCCUGGGAGCCUGGUGGCCGUGGUGGGGGCUGUGGGCUCAGGCAAAUCUUCGCUGGUGUCAGCCAUGCUUGGGGAGAUGGAGAAUAUCAAGGGACACAUCAACAUCCAGGGCUCACUGGCCUAUGUGCCCCAGCAGGCCUGGAUCCAGAAUGCCACACUGAAAGACAACAUCCUUUUUGGGUCAGAACUGGAUGAAGCCAGGUAUCAGCAGGUCAUCAAGGCAUGUGCCCUCCUUCCAGACCUGGAACUGCUGCCUGCAGGUGACCAAACAGAGAUUGGAGAGAAGGGCAUUAACUUGAGUGGUGGUCAGAAGCAGCGAGUCAGCUUGGCCCGGGCAGUGUACAGCAAUGCAGACAUCUACGUCCUGGAUGACCCCCUGUCUGCCGUGGAUGCUCACGUCGGCAAGUAUCUCUUCGAGCAUGUGCUGGGACCAAAAGGGCUACUGCGAAACAAGACGCGGAUCUUGGUGACGCACAGUAUCAGUUUCCUGCCUCAGGUUGAUAACAUCGUGGUGCUGGUGGCAGGAGCAAUGUCUGAGCACGGCUCCUACAGCACGCUGCUUGCAAACAGGGGGGCCUUUGCCCAGUUCCUGAACUUGUAUGGCAGCCAGGAGGAGGAUGCUUCAGAGAAAAAUACCACAGCUGUUGCAUUAGCUGUGGAUGAAGAGCAGAGUGAUGAAGACAUGGAGCCUUGCAUGGAGGAGAGCCCUGAAGAUGUGGUGACCAUGACCCUGAAGCGAGAGGCCAGCAUCCGUCAGAGAGAGUUCAGUCGCAGCCUUAGUAAAAACAGCACCAAUUCCCGGAAGAAGGCCCAGGAAGAGCCCCCAGAGAAGGUGAAGGGCCAGCAACUGAUUGAGAAAGAAGCUGUGGAAACUGGCAAGGUGAAGUUCUCCAUGUACCUGCGGUACCUGCGUGGUGUUGGCUUGUGGUAUUCUUUCUGGGUUGCCAUGGGCUACAUCGGUCAGAACGCUGCCUACGUGGGGACCAACCUGUGGCUCAGCGCCUGGACGGACGAUGCACAGCGCUACCUGAACCAGACCUACCCUGUGCAGCAGCGAGACCUGCGAAUCGGUGUCUUUGGGGUGCUGGGACUGUCCCAGGCCGUCUUCCUGCUUUUUGCAACCAUGCUGUCUGCUCAUGGUGCCAUGCGAGCCUCCCGAGUUAUGCAUCAGCACCUGCUCAGCAACAUCCUGCGUGUGCCCAUGAGCUUUUUUGACACGACCCCAACUGGCCGCAUUGUGAAUAGGUUUGCCAAGGACAUCUUCACGAUAGAUGAGACCAUUCCCAUGUCCUUCCGCACUUGGCUUGCCUGUUUCACGGGCAUCAUUAGCACGUUGCUCAUGAUCUCCCUGGCCACCCCAUUCUUUGCUCUUCUUAUCAUUCCCUUGGGCAUCUUCUACUAUUUUGUGCUGAGCUUCUACAUCUCCACAUCACGCCAGCUACGACGUCUGGACUCUGUAACUAGGUCUCCCAUCUACUCCCACUUCGGUGAGACAGUGUCAGGCCUUUCCGUGAUCCGGGCCUAUGGACACCAAGAACGGUUCCUGCAGCAAAAUGAGAGCACCAUGGACAUCAAUCAGAAGAGUGUUUACUCCUGGAUAAUCUCAAAUAGGUGGCUGGCCAUCCGCCUGGAGUUUGUUGGAAGCCUGGUGGUCUUCUUCUCUGCCCUUCUAGCUGUGAUUUCAAAGGGCACUUUGGACGGCGGCAUCGUGGGUCUUUCUGUCUCCUCUGCCCUCAAUAUUACCCAGACACUGAACUGGCUGGUGCGGACAUCUUCGGAGCUGGAGACGAACAUUGUGGCUGUGGAGCGGGUACAUGAGUACUCGAAGGUGAAGAAUGAGGCUCCGUGGGUGACAGAAAAGCGUCCACCCCAUGGCUGGCCCAGCAAAGGCGAGAUCCAGUUCAUUGACUACAAAGUUCGUUACCGACCUGAGUUGGAGCUGGUUCUUCAGGGGAUCACCUGCAGUAUUAGGAGCACCGAGAAGGUUGGGGUUGUGGGCCGGACAGGGGCAGGGAAAUCCUCCCUCACCAACUGCCUCUUCCGGGUGCUGGAGGCUGCUGAAGGGACAAUCAUCAUUGACAAUGUGGAUAUAUCAACGAUUGGCCUCCAUGACCUGCGCCAGAACCUCACCAUCAUCCCCCAGGACCCUGUGCUCUUUACUGGCACACUGCGGAUGAACCUGGACCCCUUUGACCGGUACACAGACGAGGAAGUCUGGAAGGCCCUGGAGCUGGCCCACCUGAAGACAUAUGUGCAAGACCUUCCUGAGAGGCUGCUGCAUAUUGUGAGCGAGGGAGGGGAGAACCUGAGCAUUGGGCAGCGGCAGCUGGUGUGCUUGGCCCGGGCCCUUCUCCACAAAGCCAAGAUCCUCAUCCUGGAUGAAGCAACAGCAGCUGUAGAUUUAGAAACUGAUCAUUUAAUCCAGACGACGAUACGGAGUGAGUUUGCUGACUGCACUGUCCUUACCAUCGCCCACCGCCUCCACACCAUCAUGGACAGUAACAGGGUGAUGGUGCUGCACGCUGGGAGGAUUGUGGAAUACGACAGCCCCGAGGAGCUGCUCAAGAAGCAAGGCGCUUUCUCCCUGAUGGCAAAGGAUGCCGGCAUCACAAAUACAGAAACUUCCAUGCUGUAGGUGGACUGGAGCAGUGUGCAGGUGUGCCUGGGCAGCUCCCUCCCCCUUGCGCUUACCAAACAGGCACUGGCGUUUCCUGCAGCCGCCCAGGAAUUUGUCUCUGCAGCUGGGAAGUGGAGAGGGUGGCUUUUCUGACUCCCAGGGAGAGAGGAUCUGGACUUGAGUGAGCUGUUAACCUUGCUACCACAUCCUGCCUGCUGUGCACAUGAGGGUCUGGAGCUGCAUAGUUUAGUCCAGUAUAGAGGGGAAGUUAUCUGCUGGGUGGGGAGAUCAUGACCCCCACAGGGGGUCUUCGUUUUUGUGCUUCACCAUGCCAGAGGAACCUAGCUGAUAGAUGUUUUAGUGCUACAGAAUGAAAUUUACAGUUUAAUCUAUUAUUUACUUUUUGUAAAUAAAGUUUGACUUUAAAGCAUGGUAAA